CCAGAUCCAGAUGCUGCCCGAAAGCUCAAUGUUGAGGGUUCAACGACCGCGAAGCUCACUCCAAUCCUGAUUACAACAAGCUCUAGGAUAUCAUUUGCAGCUUCUCUACUGCGAUGGCGCCCAUGACGCGAAACAAUGCGCUCGUGCCUCGCACCAAUGGUCCACCCCUAAUUUCCCACGAGGCGAGCUGGCAAUUUGUUGGGCAGUCACAGUCCGAGACGGCUUUGGAGCGAGAGGCUUCAGAAGAGCCAGUCUCAUCGUACGAUGAGGCAGAAAUGACCUCAGAUAUCGAUGAUGAAGCAGCCGACGACGAGAGCCGGGCCCAACUCGAGGGUUCGGAAGAUCACGAGGAUAUUCUACAUCCCCUUCGCGAAGCUGCAAACCGUGUCGGGCGCGAGGUCGAAAGAUUUGCGGAAGUCCUGGAUGGGUACAACCCUUUGAGGGCCACGGCGAAAGAAGAGAAGCACGAAAUGACCAUCGAUCUCAUUGAUUUAUACCACGGCAUUGCUUUGGACACUCUUGAACGCUUACGGGAGCAGCAUGCCGCAGAGCGACGUAAGAGGGAUGGUCUAAGAUGGAGGAAGAAAAUGCGAGGGUUCAAAAUCGCACAGGACGAUGAUGAGAUCGAGAUAGAGGAUUCAGAUGAAAGGCCCUAUGGAGAACCAAAGACAACUUUGGAAGAUCUUGAGCGAUGGGAACAAGAAGCCCAGACCUGGGACCUUUUGCGGCGACUUGUUCAUCUUCGAUUUCCACCACCUGGAUCAGCUGAAAAUGCUAAUAAAUCGUUAUCGCGACAUAAAGCACUCCAUCAAUAUUCCACCGAGCGGGAGGUGUGGGAGAAUUUCCUCGAGGAAGAUGGAGUUGCGCUUGAGCGCAAAACUGUCUUGCAAUGGCUGAAGGACACGGCUGAAGAAUCAGGAGAAGAUAUCGAUGUCUUAGUUCAGGAUCUGCAACAAAAUGCGGAGAGGGGGGAUAUCAUCGCUCAUGGAUGGCUCCAUACGAAGGCGGCGAUUAAGAACCAAAAAAGAAUCCACGUCUGGCCCCAAGCACUUGAUCCUGCGUCACCAGAAGUGCAAAAGGUACAUAUGAAUUCUUCCAAGACAGAGCCCUUGAUCACCCAAUUGGAUCCAGAUGCCAUGACCAGACAGAACCGAAAAUUGGAGGCUCAAGAUGAGUAUUUCGAACGGUCAAUCUGGUUAGGGUGCUACGAGAUGCUGCGCCGGGGACGAAGCGCUGCUGAUAUCAGGGAAUGGUGCAUGGAGCGCACCGAGGUUUGGAGAGCAGUCAGCAUGUCUGGUCUUCCAGAUGAGAAGCCCGUCGACGAUGACGAAACCGGGAACCCAGCAUCCAGUGUUCUUUGGAGACGAAUGUGCUUUGCUUUGGCUCGUAAGGGCGGAGGGGAUGAAUACGAGCGAGCAGUCUUCGGGAUCCUCAGCGGUGACAUCUCAAGCGUCGAAGCUGUAUGCAGGUCAUGGGACGACUUUGUAUUCGUGCACUACAACGCUUUACUGAGGUCACAGUUCGACAACUAUCUUCAAAAACUGUACCCCGAACGCGCAGUGGCCGGCCAAUUUGGGAUCUUUGAUGCUGUUCAAUUUCAUGGCGACCCAAAGACUGCCGGGGAGAGGCUUAUCGAAUCUUUAAAGACAGAUCGUCGAACAUCCGCGGAGACCUUCCAGCCGAUGAAGAUGCUACAAGGAGUCUUGAUCGCCAACCAAUUUGACAAAUUCAUCUACCAGCAGGGGCUCGCUCUCUCGAAGUUUGCUAAUGCGAAUGGGCCGUCGAAUCUGAUCCCAGCAACUAAGGAGCAACCUGAAAAUGAGGAUAUCAAUAGAUACAUUGCUCUAGAUGACCACGAUAGCCUGAGAGUCCUCACUCAUAUUCUGCUCGUUUUUAUGAGCCUUGGAGUUGACCUGGGAGGGGCGUACCGUCAGACUAUCAUCGAAAACGUCAUCGUUUCUUACAUUAGCUUUCUUCGACUUGCUGGUAAGGAGGAGUUGAUACCUUUAUACUGUUCGCAACUUUCUGGAAACAGAAGAUACGCCACUCUCAGCAGAAACCUUAUCGAUGUAACCGAUCCUGAACAGCGAAUCACACAGAUCAGACUCAUGAGAGAGUUGGGUCUAGAUGUACAAGAAUUCGUUAAAUUCCAGUCUCGAUAUCUCUUUGCUGAUCAUCCGGAUAAUAACGAUGGAUAUCCCGCCACUGGCAAUUUCAAGCUUUUGGAAGACGUACCGGGACCUAGUGGGCCGGGACGGAAGCUCAGGAGGGAUUUCUUCGGUGACGACGCGGACAAGGUCGAGAGAGUUGAUAUGCUCUUCAUUAGAAGCUUGGAGUGGUAUUUGCUUGUUGAUGGACUCUGGAGCGAGACUUUUGUUUUUGGCACUAUGCUCUACUUACGAUUCUUCAAGCACAUGCAUCUUACAGCAGCUCGCUUGCUAGCCUCAAGGGUAUCUAGCUCGGAUAUCGCAAAGAGCAAAACACCAGCAAUACUGGGAGUGAGUGUUGACUUCGCCAAUCUAGAGUCGGAGGGCGUGGAUGAGGACUUGACCGAGGUUCUGGAUGGAUCAGCCGAACAAAAGAGGCUCCUGAGAAAGCAUCUGCUUGCAGAGGCGAAGACUUUCAGAGAGCUUGAGACGCUUAUUGAGUCCUUGGACAAUAUGGAGACAGUCACUAGCAUGGGCGAUUUGCUGCACGAACAAUCUUCGCCGAAAUGGCAGAAGGGUUGGAAGCAACAACUGGCCAGAACCAUUCAACCGACUAGAGUUUCAGUACAACCACUGCUAAAGGGUUGGUUGCUUACAAGCCAGCAAGAAGAAGAACAGUUCCGACUUCUGAGAGAAGCAUACCUGCCUGAGACCAUACUAGCUUACGUCCACACCUUACGAUUUGCAGGGUCCAUCUUAUCCCGCGACCUUCUCAUGGAGUGUAUGGACCUGUCUGCUCUUAUUGCCGAGGAAGGUUCCGAUUUGUUGGAUAUCUUCAUCAAAACAGGACGAGCGCAAGAACUGGUCGAAGCUUUUGCACAUGCAGGAAAAACCCUCCUGGUUACUACCUCGAUCAAAGGAAGCACUGGGGCGAGAAGCAAGAAGCUGAGAGCAAAGGGAUGGACGCCGGAUAUCUGGAGCGUGAGAUCAUAGACUGAGAACGCUCUAUCUAGACUCUGUAUAUUGGUGACGGGGAAGGAAUCGGACAAGACAGGGCUCGUUGGACAGGAGUACUCAACGGGGAACAUGGGGGCUAUCAAAAGUUGACCUUGUUCAGGGAUCACAGCGGUGGCCAAUGUAUGAUACCAGUGCGUUAGGAGGGACCUGAUUCUGCUAACGUAGUCGACCAGCUAAAAUGGCUGAUCUUGUCACUCUUACGAAGUUCCAUGACUGUGCAACCUCCCUUG